AUGGACCAUGGUGAUAUGGACCAUGGUGAUAUGGACCAUGGUGAUAUGAACCAUGGUGAUAUGGGCCAUGGUGAUAUGAACCAUGGGGAUAUGGACCAUGGUGAUAUGGACCAUGGUGAUAUGGACCAUGGGGAUAUGGACCAUGGUGAUAUGGACCAUGGUGAUAUGAACCAUGGUGAUAUGGACCAUGGUGAUAUGGACCAUGGGGAUAUGGACCAUGGUGAUAUGAACCAUGGUGAUAUGGGCCAUGGUGAUAUGGACCAUGGGGAUAUGGACCAUGCAGUGGUCGUGCUGUUCACACAGCUGUUUAGAGGGCUGGGGGCCGGGGGGCUGAUGGGGGCCGGGGGCCACUUCUUCUCCUGUACAGAGAUGAAACACUGUGCCGCUCUAAGCAACCCUGCAGGGGACCGCAGCGAUGAAGUUAAGGGAAACAUCCCAGUCAUGGGGGAGAAGAGAGGACCAAGCGCUGAGCCAACUGCAACUGUCUACCUCAUUAACACAGUGCAGUCCCACUCCACACCUCCUAAUUUCAAGCACCAUGUGAACGAGCAGUGCCGGUUGUCUGACCGGAUGAGCCGCCGGUUGAUUCGGACCUACCAGCUCUACAGCCGGACCAGCGGCAAACAUGUCCAGGUUCUGGGCAAUAAGAAAGUGAAUGCCAUGGGCGACGACGGAGCUGUGCACGCCAAACUUGUGGUGGAGACGGACACGUUUGGUAGUCGUAUUCGGAUCAAAGGGGCAAAGACGGGCUACUACAUCUGCAUGAACAAGACGGGGAAAUUGAUUGGCAAGCGGAAGGGGCGUGGUAAAGACUGCAUCUUCACGGAGAUCGUUCUGGAGAACAACUACACUGCUCUCCAGAACGCUAAAUAUGAGGGCUGGUACAUGGCCUUCACGCGUAAAGGAAGGCCCCGCAAGGCCUCCAGGACCAAGCAACACCAGAGGGAGGCCCACUUCAUGAAACGCCAGCCCAAGGGCCACCUCCUGGGUGACACCCAGCCCUUUGAUGUCCUCCCCCUCCCCGUGGUCCCCUUCCACCCCCGGAGGACUAAACAUACCCAUCACCACAGCUCAGGGGCCCACUGAGGAAAGAACAGACGAAGAAGAAGAGGAAGCAUAGGGAGGGAGGGGAACACACCAAACUAAAAUACCACUACCACAUUUCUGCUCCUUGCAAGGACUCCUUUUUGUUGUGUUUUGUACUGGAUUGUGUCUAAAAAACAAUGAGUAGACGAUCUAAUCUGCUACGUCAGGCCGAGGUUUAUUCGUAGGAAAGAGUUUUUAUAACCAGAGGACGAUUUUAGUGCUCAAGCACUCGAUGAGAUUUGAAUGAAUGAAAGGACAUCUUGGGCUUAGUGAUAACCCUACACAGCUAUAAAGAGAGGAUGUUAUGAGAGAGAAAUAAUGAAUACAGAUUACAUGGCAGCUAUCUUUGGAUCAUCAUGUGGUUGCAUCAACUAAAUAACAGUGAAUACAUGUAAAACACAUUAUUUAGCAUUUAGGAGGCCAUUUUCGUUCAUCUGUUUUCUACAUAUAUGAAUAUAUUUUUAAUUGGAAGAUUUGUAAAAUACAUUUAAAUAAUGGAAAUAUUUAUUGUAGAGUGUGUAUUAAAAUCACAAAAGAAGUUUGAGUUAAUGCGCCGUUUCUAACCAUUUUUAUAGCUGGGUCACUUUGGGGUCCCAAAAGGUUCUAACGUUGCCUAAAAAACUGGAGCCCCAGAUAACUGAUGGGCAAUAUCUGUGACAGGCUACUGCAAUUCAAUGUGCUCAGCAAGUGAGACUUGGGCCUGAAUAGUUGGGGCUAUGCAUUAAAAGCAGAUGAGGUCAGCCCACAAUUUUGUUUCGAGACAAAGGUUACCACCAUGUAGUUGCAUUUCUCACGAUCACACACCGUAACCCUGUGGUCAAAUGGGCCCUUUGUGGCCCUCAUAUAAAAGGACAUGUGAUACAAUAGUGGGUUCGAAUAAUAACACGAGGAGGGGUCAGUUAUCAAAAAGAAGCUAGUCUCACAGGAGGGAGGGAGGGAGGGAGGGAAAGCGAAAGAGCACCGGGGCUCAGUGUGGCAAAAUGUGGCACCGGCUGAAAGAAGGGGAAUGGCUGGGAAGAGGCGUUCGGGAAUGAAAGGACGUGGCAGAAAGAAACCCUCCUCUCUUUCCCAGGAGCAACUGAGCAUGACCGGCAGAGGCCAAAUGACAGGGGGAAGAAGACCCGUUCGGCCUGGCAACACAACAGAAUCGGAUGACAGGGAAGAAGACCCGGUCGGCCUGGCUGCACCACAGAAUCAGAUGACGGGGAAGAAGACCCGGUCGGCCUGGCUACACCACAGAAUCAGAUGACGGGGAAGAAGACCCGGUCGGCCU